AGUAGUGAGAGUUGGUGUGUGAGGGGAGAGGAAGGUUGGGAGGCGGAGAGUUUGUUGUGGGCAGCGACGCCGGAACGCCACACUGCCAGCGUCCUCUAUUUCUCUCUCUCUUCUCAUAUUCCACAAUGACGGAGCCAGAAGUUGGUACAGAAGCAAAGGUAGAGCAAAAGGCAGAAAUGGAGGAGGAGUGCGAAGCAGGUUCAGCAGAAGAUAAAAUGCCAGAUUUAGAAAAAGAAAAUGAAGAGGUUUGUAACAAUACUGACGGAGCAAAAGCCACUCAAAGCCCCGGAAGUGAUAAUAAUAAUCCAGAAAAGCUAGAGGAAAUUUCAAAGGAAGAAACUGCAGCAGAAAAUAAUAAUGAAAUGGAAAAGAAUGAAGAGGCAAAUGACGCUGCAUCAGAAAAUAUAAAAAACAAAGAUGAUGCCAAGGAAAAUAAAGAACUUAAUGAAAACGAGAAGGCAAAUGUGGAAAUUAAUGAAAACUGUAAGGAAAAUGUAGAGACUAGUGAAAAUGGCAAAGAAAAUGUGGAAACGAAUGAAAACUGCAAGGAAAAUGUGGAAAGGAAUGAAAACAAGAAAGGAAACACAAAAAUAAAGACCGGUAAGGAAGAAACAGAAAAUGAUGUAAGUGAUGUAGUUGAAGACAUGUCUCUCAAAGUUGAAGCAGCAGCAACAGUUGGCAAGAAAAAAGGUCCAAAGGAGAAGAAUACAGUCACACCUAACAAAGGUUCCAAGAGACAGUCCACUGGUGUGACAGGCGAUGCGAGUGAAGGUGAUGUGCCUGUACCGGAGGGCUGGUCAAGAGUUGUAGUUCAGCGGAUAACUGGAGCUUCUGCCGGCAAGCUUGAUGUCUACUAUUUCAGCCCCCUUGGCAAGAAGCUACGGUCGAAAAAAGAGACAUGUGCACACUGUGAAAAAAAUAAUAUUGAAGUGGAUUUGUCCAUGAUAGUGUUUUCUCAGAAAACGGCAACAGGUGAUACCCGUGUUGCCAGAGCUGGCCGAGGCACACCAAAGACUCCUAAGACUGCGUCGCCCAAGACUCCCAAGUCGCCUAAGGUACCGAAGACUGCAAAAACUCCUAAAACACCAAAGAUUCCUAAAAGUGAGACUGGAAAGAAGAGGAAAGUAGCAGGCAAAACUGAGGGAUUUCCUCGUCCAGUUUUAAAUGAUUUUCGAGUGGAGGAAGAAGGUAGCAAUCUUUCGGAAACCUCGGUGGAAAGUUAUUCAGGACCCUUAAUGAAGAAAGCGAAAGGUGAAGACAAGAAGAGUGAAUACUUCAAAAUAAAAGGAGACACACUGGGUCGUGUAAGAUUAAAAGCUACUGCCAAGUGGAAUCCUCCGCGCUCACCGUUUAAUCUUUUCCAAGAGUCCCUGUAUCAUGAUCCAUGGAAACUACUUGUUGGCACUAUAUUCCUUAACAGAACUACAGGGGAAGAAGCUCUGGGCAAAAAUAUCCUGUGGGAGUUUCUUGAGAGGUGGCCAACUCCUGAAGACACAGUUAAGGCAUCGUGGGAAGAAAUUGCUAAUAUUAUUCAACCUCUAGGACUUCACGAGAAGAGAGCAAAAAUGAUUAUCCGUUUCUCCGAGGAGUUCCUAACUAAGGAUUGGAUUUACCCCAAAGAACUUCACGGUAUUGGAAAAUAUGGAAAUGAUUCCUACAGAAUCUUCUGUGUCAAUGAGUGGAGAAAGAUACGACCCUCUGAUCACAUGUUGAAUUUCUACAUUGAUUGGUUAUGGGAUAAUCACCGAUAUUUAGGCGUAGAUUAGUGCUUACGGAGCACUGGUCAAGCACAGUGCUCGUGUAUGAUUCCAAAUAAAGAGGCAAACAGUUUUUAAGUGUUAAAGACAUGAGAGGUGGAUGCCCGAGUGUUCAAGGCCAUGCUAUCACAUAUACAAUAACUGCACUCAGUAUCUUAAACACAACAUUGACCGUAUCAUCCAUAAGUAUCACUGAAAUUAAACUGAACAAUAUUUUUUAGUUUACUGUGAAGGUACACUGUUAAAUAAUAGUGUAUGUAGCAUUUAGAUUGUGUUUAAUGAGUUGUGGUAAUGUGGCUCACUCUCACUCAAGAUUAUAUAAUUGUAUGGCUUUUCUAAAGCUUUGAUUAUAUGACUUGGUACUUGGUUACUCUGUAAAUUUUAUGGAUUUGCACGGACAUUAGUUGGAACAAGGUUCAAUUGAUAAACAAUUAGUUACUAAAUAAAUUAAAUACGUGCUUAUUUGCUUUUAUAAAUUAAUGAUUGAGAGAAGGCUUAAAUUUUUUUCUUAUUGCUAUUAGGUUUAUGGGGAUAAAAGUUAUUAUUGUCACAUGAUAUUGCUGUAUUUUUCACUGUUUAAUUCACAUUACAUAGUUGGUUUCAUUUGUUUGUAGGUAGGCUUUAUCAGUUUAGUCAAGUAGGUAAGUUUCAUAAAUUUUUAUGUGUGCAUGGAUAUUUAAAAAUUAGUUUUAUUGGUCAUGUAGAAAUUCUUGUCUGUUUUAACAGCAUGAAAUAAAAAGUGAAUGUACCAAAUCCUGACUAGCUGUAUUUCAUGACAACCAGUGUUCCAUUUAUCCAAAAGCAAGUUAAAUAUUACAGUUUAUUAUUUAUUUGAUUUUAUGUUCAUUUUAUAGUUGUCAAAGCAGUGAUCAAAAGGUUUAGAAUUAUAUUUUGAAAGUAACUGAGAUUGGUUGGCUAUGUACUGGGUAAUGGAGGUAUUGGUGAGAACAGUUCAUGCAAUAGAGGCUCCUGUGUUUAGAAUUACAUUUUGUACAUAUUGUAUUUUUAUCCACUAGACUUCCAUAGUUAUCUGAUGGAACAGUUAAUUGAAAAACAGACUAUGUUAACAAUGAGGAGGUAGGGCGUGAUACUUUUUGGAUAGGAAUGGCCUUUCAAGAGAACAGAUUUAAUGUUAAAAUUUGAAAAAUAUAAUACUCUUAAGGUGAUUUAUUUCAUAUUGACCAAAUAAUUACAAUCACUGUUACACAAUAGCAUCCUUCUCCUUAAUGGACUAUAUAGUCAGCUGUUAUUGUUCUAACCACAUUUAUAGAACAUUACUGUUCUAUAUUGUACAGUAUAAAGAUGAUGGAUGACUGAACAUUAUAAUAAACCAUUCCAUUUUUGUUUUUUUCAUGGGUUUAUUGGUGUAUUUUGAGAGUGUAAAAGCUUUGUGUAUAACACAAGGGCCUGAAACCUGAUACUGUAUUUAUUUCUAAGAAAAUUGUCUGACUAGUGCAAAUGAAGUAGUUAAAAUGUCUUUAUGCAGAGCCCUUAGGCUAGGUAGACAAAUACUAUAUUUACAAGAGGUUUAUCAUGUGUUUGUGUGCUUGAAAAAUUGUAUGAAAGUAGAACAAAGAUUAGAUGAAUAAGUAUGUACAGUACCAGUAAAUUGUAAGUGAUAUAUUGUUAAAUGCAGUGGGAUUAAGCAACAAGAAGGGGGUAGUUUGUGUACGAAUGAGAUGUUCGUUAUCAUGAAUGAGUGCAACAAAGUGUCCCAGUAUUAGAAGAACUAAAAGUUUCCAUAAAAAACUGUUGGUGAAUGUUGUCAUUAUUCAUGCAUAUGUAUGAUGUCAACUUGAGAGCUUAUUUUAUUUAGUGCAGAAUUGUUCUUUGAUAUAAAUAAUUGAAAAUAAUUAUUUGAAUGCAGCUUCAGUUUAACUACACUGAAUUUCAUGUGGAUGCUUCAUAAAAGAAAAUACAGUAAUAACAAAUUUACUUUUAUCAUACAUAACGAAAACACUUGUAUUUUUCCCCCCCAAUAUGUAGUUAAUAAAUAAAAUUUAUUGAUAUUUAUUGGUCAGUGAAUAAAUAAAUUAUCAUGCUCUGGACAGAAGUUAUUUGUAAUUUUUGUUUCUGGAGUAUGGCGGUGGGCAGGGUACUAUUUGUUCUGAAUUAUGGAGGUGGGGCUGGGUACUAUUUAAAUAAAUCUUUAAAGUGUCCACAACUUUAUUGUGUUAGUAGAGCAGUCAUGUCCUUGGUGACGGAUCCCCAAUACCCUACAUUAAAGAUUCUUGAUUGCUUAACUAGUUUUUAUGAGUAUUGUUUAUAAAGACUUGUGGGACUGAAUUAAUUUCUUAAACUGAAAUUCAGGUCUAUUAUUUAUUUUUUAUUGUAAGGCUGAAUGGCAUUUGCACGAUACUUAAGAUUAAUUUAGGAAUGUACGGAUACAGAAACUAAAGUUUUGUAUCAAAUAUUUUGUAUAAUAAACAUGAUUUUAUAGUAGACAAUU